AUGGAGAAAUAUCUUCAGUGUUUCAGAAAUGUACCCAUGACAUUGGAAAAUAAAACAGAGAAAGACUUUGAAAGGAUGAAGAUUUCUUCAAAAGGAAUUUGGACAAUUAACUCUAUUGGGCGACUUGGCAACCAGAUGGGCGAGUAUGCAACAUUAUAUGCGUUGGCAAAAUUGAAUGGUCACCAAGCAUAUAUUUUACCUGCCAUGGCCAAUUACCUAUGCCCCAUCUUCAAAAUUACACUUCCGACCCUCCAUGACAGUGUGAGAAAUAAGAUACCUUUGAAAGGUUAUAAUCUCCAUGACUGGAUGGACGAUCAGUACCGUAGUAUCCCAGGAGACUAUGUUAGCUUGUCAGGAUACCCAUGUUCCUGGACCUUUUACCAUCAUAUCCGAGAAGAAAUUCGCCGUGAGUUCACCUUUCAUGACUUUCUCAAAGAACAGGCCAAUGCAUUCCUUAGACGCAUUGCGGGGAAGCGAAAGAAUGUAACGUAUGUUGGUGUUCAUGUUCGAAGAGGAGAUUACAUACAUGUCAUGCCAAAUGUUUGGAAGGGAGUCAUAGCUGAUAAGAAAUACUUGGACACAGCAAUGGCUUACUUCAGAAAUAAAUACAAAAAUGUCAUUUUUGCAGUGACAAGUAAUGGAAUGGAUUGGUGUAAGGAGAACAUUGAUAAUUCUGAAGGAGAUGUUUUCUUUUCAGAUGAUCCAAAGCAAUCGAGUCCAGCUGAUGACAUUGCAAUCCUUGCUCAUUGUAAUCACACUAUAAUGACAAUAGGGACAUUUGGUUACUGGGCUGGUUACUUAGUUGGUGGGGAGACAAUUUACCUCACAAACUUCACUUUGCCUGAAUCACCAUUUCUAAAGUUAUUCAAGUAUGAGGCAGCUUUCUUACCUCAAUGGAUUGGAAUUCCUGCAGAUCUCUCACCUCUUCUGCCCAAAAAAACUUCAAAUUAA